AUGGACCAUGGACCAGAUGACCAAGUCCAAUUUGAAAAUGGUGAAAAUAUUCCUAUUCUACAUAUUGCAUCAACAUCUUCUCCUUCUCCUCCUCCUCCUCCUUCAAAUGCUGCUGCUUCCGACGCCAAUGCUGCCCCCGACUCUUCUUUCCGGAGGUCCACCCGCGAAUUCGGAGAGUCUUCCACUGCUCGCCAGCAACGUCUACGUGCCAUGAACGAGGCUCUCCCCGAGGUCCUUCUCGAAAUACUCGCUGCUCAAGUUGCCAUUGAUGCUUCCAACCGCCAUGGUCGCUUGGCUGCUGCUCCUGCCGUUGCUCGUUUGUUUCAGGUUUGUUCUACAUGGCGAGGGGUCUCACACUUGGAUCCACUGUGGCAGAGACUUACCAGAUUGAUCUGGCGCCGGGCCUACUUAAUACGCGACACGUGGCGAGAGGAGUACAUCUACUGGCAUCGGACGGCUAGGAACUUUGCAUUGGGAGCACCCUCUUUCCAUGUCCCACACUUCGAUCCUUCUAUGCCUCCCAAUGGCGCCGGCGACCGUCAAACCCUGCUAUGCCGCUGCCUUGCUCUCUCUGACCGCCACCUCGCCUGCGGCUUUGCGGACGGCACGGUCCGCCUUUUCGAUGUUGAGACUCUCGCCCACGUCAGCACAUUCCGGACUAACCACGGGCCGCGGUUCGGCCCGUUCUCCCGGUCCGUGUCCGGAAUAAUCCUCUCUAACAGCACGCUCACCUUUGCUAGACUCGACGGGGAUAUUUUCGUGGCGUCGGUCAACGUGGCCAACGAACCACCGCAACAGGUGGUUGCGGGUGACGUGGUGAACAACGGCGUUUUAGUUGAGUUCGCGGGAAACAGUCGGUGGUGGGUGGGCUUAUACGCAGGCCUUCCGGGCCGGGCUUUCCAAAUAUGGGACGCGCCCAACCAGCAACUGGUAUCAGUGGGCGGGACGUUAACAGAUCCGGAAACGGUUAUGGGAUGGCACAUGCUAACAGAAUUAGUUGAGCCAGUUGGGCGCGUGAGAGUAACGGAACCAGAUUACGUCGUGGCGUGCACGAGCUCGAGAUUAGUUUGUUUUAGUUUGUGGAACCCGGAGGAAGUUAUACGCGACGUGGGUUCUGUUACGGGGUUCGUUGUAAGCAGUUUGGACGCGCGUCACGAUGCGUUUGUGGUUGUCGAGAGGAACGGUUAUGGUACCGUGCGACGCGCCAGCACGUUCGAGCGGUUGAGUAGGUUCCGGUUGAGGCCUCCGUGGGUUAGGGGUUUGUUAGCGUGCAUCAACUUGGGUUAUGUGUUAACUUACUCCGGGGUCUCUCGGAUGCUAAGGGUUUGGAACAUUGAGCAACUUGCUGGGGUUUUCUGUUGCGCGUUGGAAGUUAGGGAUAAUGCACCUGAGGGUAAUGCCAUGGUGGCAAAUGAAAGACACGUGGCGAUUUCUUGGAAUGACACCUUCAUACAGUUAUUGGAUUUUGGUGUAUAG